AUGGUUCAAAUCGAUGUCCAAAUGGUUUGCAAAGACUGUAAAGCCAAUGUCUCUGGUCGAUUUGCCUCAAACAGUGGUCAUGAUGGUGGUAUAUUUAUUCGUGGUUCAUGUGCUCACUGGGAAUACUUUCGUGUAAGAAGCUGGACAACUACCGGAUGGUUAUUUGGUGGUAAUGCAAAAAUCCGGGGAAAUUUUGAGGCCAGAUGCAAGUCAUGCGGUAUUUCUCGGGAAGAUUCGUUUGGCUUUUGGGGAUGGCCUCAACACGACCGAAGAAAAGGUAACAUGUACUGUAGUAAUUGUCGUGCUAGUCUGAUUCACGAAGCUUUGGAGCCCUUUCAUUAUGGGAAUACUAUAGUGGAAAUUCUUACCGACAUUACCUCACUUGUUAAAUUUUAA